CCGAACCCAGGAUAGGGCACAAGUGGGCGCUUUGCUGAGAAAGAGACCUCCAACCAUUUUUUGUAACAAGCUAAUCUGGUCAUCAUUGGUGAUUACUUUGACUACCCUACGGCACUGCCUGGCCUUUACAGAUGACAACGAUUGUCAGCCUAAAAUUGGACACCUUACAUAUUUUUGACGGGGGAGCUGAGCCGGCCGCGAACUGCAGGGGGCGGGGCGGAAGGGUCGCUGAUGACAUGCGUCAAGUUGGGACGCUGUGCAAUUUUGACAACUAUGGAUUAUCAGACACCAGCACUCUGGCAAUGGAUAAAGCUCGUACUCUCGCUACGCUCCCGCCGGAGCUCCUGACCGAAGUGUUCCAUUGCCUUGAUACCAAGUCCCUCCGCGCUGUUGCUACCACAUGUCGUGCUCUCAGAAGAACGGCGGUACCUGUCCUUUGGGCGAAUCCCAUUAUCCCUUCCCAACCUCCCAUAACUCUGGAACGACUUAUACAACAAUAUGGGGUUCAUAUUCGGUCGCUUUCCUUUCCAGACCCGACGUAUAUCGACCUUGUUUCUGUAGCACCUUACCUAUGCGGCCUCCUGAGGAUUGAUCUCGGCGGAUGUGCGCCAUUCACCGUCGGGGAUCAGCAAGUCAUGAGUCUUAUCGCAUGUUGCCCGUUACUAGUUGCAAUUGAUUUGAGGGACUGUAUCGAUAUAACCGAUGCAACAUUGUUUGCAUUGGCAAAGCAUCCCAAUGUAAAGUUUUUGGAAGAGCUAUCCCUUGCUCGCUGCUGCGAGGUUACGGAUGCUGGAAUUGCUGCCAUCGUCAGGGCAGCCAACGGGUUGAAGACGCUCAAUGUGACUUGCGUUCCCUGUCUUAGCGAAACUGCUCUCCACCAUGUCGCGAAGGAGUGUAGCAAUCUAAGAGUUUUGAUCGCUCGGGAUUCCGACGCAGUCUCUGAUGAAGUCUUGCUGGAGCUUGCUUCUGGAUGCCCGAAACUGACGCAGCUAGAUGUGGACGAAUGUUUAGGUGUCACGGAGAAAGGGUUACUGCAAUUCGCACAAGUUCGCCAGGACCGGCUCGACGAAGCUCAAAAGUUUGGUUUACCGGACGUUGCCGGAUCACUCUCGCUGUUGAAGCUAAACGGAACCGCAAGUGAUGCGAUCACGGAUCAUUCUCUCAUUGCCCUACUCCCGCCAAUCGACUCCAAGCGCGCUGGUACAUCCAUUUGCCGUCCACGGUUGGACACCCUCGAGCUGGCCUUCGCACGCCACAUAACGGCCACGACCUUCACACAUCUUGCAAAGAAUUACGCACAUCAACUUACCCGCCUGAACCUCAGUAACGCCACCAUCAGUGACAUGCUCUCCACUGCGUCGCGAACCUUGUCUGACUUUCUAAGCGUUCAACCCCAUAUCCGACAUCUGAACCUUAUGGGAGCAGUGGAAUUGGUUGACGAUGCGAGCUGUCAAGUGAUAGGCCAGACGCUUACAGAACUUGAAACCCUGGAUCUGUCAGAAUGUCGUCAGCUCACGGAUGAAGGGACGGUUACGAUUGCGAGAGGGUGCACCAAGUUGAUUGACGUGAACCUCAAAGGAUGUACAGAACUGGGCGAUGCCACUGUCCGUGCCUUCGUGGAAGAUGGCUCAGCAGCCCUUCGCGUCCUAAAUGUGGGACUAUGUAGCAGAGUGACAGAUGAGUCUGUAGGGUCUCUAGCGUCACUAUAUACCAAACCCGGCGGAGGUUUACAUACACUCAAACUAUCCGGAUGCUUUAACCUGACCGAUGCGGCUCUUGAACAAUUCAUCAACCUCGCACCUACUCCAAAAUCCACACCACAUCCUCUAAUGCCCCUUUCCCUCCUCUGUCUUUCCGGCUGCUACCAUAUUACCGACAAUUCUCUCGCCCGCCUAACGCCACACCUCCACUCCCUUGAAAGCAUCAACUUCUAUUCCUGCGAAGGUGUGACGGAUGCGACGGUUAAAGUUAUUGCUGAACAUUGUCCGCGGCUUCAGUCUCUUGUUAUGUCAAAGUGUCGAAUCACGGAUGAGGGGUUCGAAGCUAUCGGACAAAGAUGCAGUCGACUGCAUACGCUCUAUGCGGGGUUUUUGAGUGGGGACGGGCCUAGUAAUUCGGGUAUAAGUAGUGUUCUUGGUGGGUGCAAGGAAUUGAAACUUUUGGAUAUCAGUCGAUGCGAGAAGAUAUCUGAUUUGGCGUUUGGCGGAGACGGGAUGUUACAAGUCCAAGUUUUGAUGGUGCGAUGUUGUCCCAGAGUUACAUUCACAGGCUUGGCGGGAUUCGUGGAGCGAUGUCCGCGGUUGCAGAAGGUUGAUAUUACUGGGUGCUGUGGUAUUUCGGUGGAGGAAAAGAACCAGUUGAAGGAGCUGGUGGAUGGGAGGUGGUAAUGUACAUAUUUAAAUAUUUAGUUUACUUUUGUCGUGUUGGUUUUCUGUGUGAAAUAUAUUGGCUUUGGUAAUGUAACCCUGAUCAAA